AUGCUUCUUCACUUGGUCCAAAUUUUCUGGAAACUUCUGAAAUCUGGAAAAAUCAUGAAUGGAGCACUUCUGAGAGAAAUGAGAGAAAUCGGGGAAAUCGUGUUGGCUGCCGAAGGAGCACCGUUUCGAGUCAGCGAAAAAUCCUCGGGACGCGAAUUCUUGGCACAGCUGAGACCAAUUGACGAUGCAUUGCUUCGCCACGUGGAUAUCCAUAACUCUUUGGAUCAUCCAGGAAUCGUUCAAAUGCAUCGAGUGCUCAGAGAUGAAAAAUUGGCAUUGGUUGUAUUCGAAAAAUCUCAGAAUCUCCGAAUAUCAGAAUCCGUAACUCAGAGAAUAUUUGUUUCUCUGUUCAAAAAAACUCAAUUUCAAAAAUAUUCUAUUAAAACUGGUUUGCAUGAAAAGUUACUAUGA